AUGGUUUUGUUGAAAAGAAACAGUAACGAAUUACUAAUUGCUGCUGCUGAUAGCAUUAUUCAAUGCAAUUUCGACAAGUCAACGGACCACCAUAUCAAAAUUCCUGACCCGAUUUUGCCCGACAACUUGACUAAGGGCCAAAUUGAGGUACUCAAAAGCGAAGUGCGUACCAUAACGUCCCUAGAAUUUUCGACAAACGGCCAAUACACAGUAGUAUCAACGGAAAACAAACAAGUCGUAGUGUACGACCAACAUUUCAAUGUAGUUAAAAACUUUAUAGUGACUCGUGCAGCCAGUAAAGUAUGUUUCACCCCAGAAAAUGAUAUUUUGGUUGCCGACAAAACCGGCGAUGUGUAUUUAUACAAACUUUCCAGCGAUGUUGACCAACCGGUGCUCUUACUGGGGCACCUCAGUGUCAUCUUGGACAUGUUGCUCAGCAAAUGUGGCAAAUACAUCAUCACUUGUGACAGGGAUGAAAAAAUAAGAGUAUCCCAUUUUCCCAAUUGUUACAACAUCGCCAGUUACUGUUUAGGCCAUACAGAGUUUGUAACAAGCAUCAAACUGUUUGAUGAAGUGUUGGUAUCAGCAUCUGGGGAUGGGACUGUUAGGUUUUGGGAUUUUAUUACAGGAAAUCAACUUGGAUUGGUCAAUGUGAAUGAACAUAUUGACCCAAAAGAGUUGUCUGAUUUUAGCCAAGAAAUGGACAAAGAAAAAGUUGAAGUGUCUGCAUUGCCAAUAAUAGAUCUGCAGGUUCAUUAUGAUGAUAAUAGUAGUAGGUUGUAUUUUGCUGUAUCAGUUUAUCAUUGUAAAUCUAUUCAAUUGUACAGUACAGAUUUGAAAAAGAUGGUUUCUUGUUUUGUUACAAAGUUAUCAGUUGAUAUGCUUCUUGGCUUUAGUUUUACAAGUGAGUUGUAUGUUCUCAGCAAUCAACUAUUAUGUUUUCAGUUAAUUAAAGAUGAUUUUGUGGAGAAAGAUUUGCCUUUAUUACAGCCCUUGCACCAUAAGUACAAGGUUAUUUUGUCACAAGCUAGUGAUGAUUUUGUGACUGGAUUGUAUAAGAGAAAAUAUGACAAUGUUCAGGAAUAUUUGGAGAGAAAAAAGCAAAGGCUUGAAGGAAAUAAUAAAUGUUAA